CCAGGCCCAUAAUGAAGUCCAAGUACAUAAAUGGUGGACUUUGACUUUGGAUCGAAGGAUGUGGCUAAACAAAGAGCAGUAGCGCCGAGAGAGAGCGAAAGGGCUGUGUUCGGUGUUUAUUUCAAAUUUCUUCUUGCCUCUGCCUAUUGCUAGGUUUUUUUUUUUUUUUUUCGAGAAGCAGCUUUCAAGGGAUCUGCCUCCCUCCUCCAGAUUUCUGCAAUUUCAUCAAACAAUCAAAGAUCUCAAACACUAACGACGCCAUGUACGGAUCCAGAGGGGCAAUGUUGGGAAGCGGGGGGGUUUCGGAUGGGUACGAGGUCGGCACAAAGAGACAAAGAAUGAUGGAAUCAAAUCCCUACUUCGCAGUGAGCAGCGGUAUGAGCAGCUAUCAACCUUACGGUUAUGGUGGUGGCUUCCAGCCCCCUUCCUUUCCUGUGGUACGUCUCAGGGGUCUCCCUUUCAACUGCACUGAUAUCGACAUUUUCAAAUUCUUUGCUGGACUGGACAUUGUGGAUGUUUUGCUGGUCAACAAGAGUGGAAGGUUCUCUGGAGAGGCCUUUGUUCUCUUUGCAGGGUCCAUGCAGGUUGAGUUUGCUUUGCAAAGAGAUCGUCAAAACAUGGGACGUCGCUAUGUGGAAGUAUUCAGGUGCAAGAGGCAAGAUUAUUAUCAUGCUGUGGCUGCAGAGGUAAAUUAUGAAGGAAUUUAUGAUAAUGAUUUCCACGGAAGUCCUCCACCAUCUCGAGGAAAGAGGUACAACGAUAAGGACCAAAUGGAAUACACUGAGAUACUGAAGAUGCGUGGUCUUCCCUUCUCGGUGAAGAAACCUGAAAUUGUUGAAUUCUUUGGAGACUUCAAGAUCGUGGAAGAUAGGAUACACAUUGCAUGCCGCCCUGAUGGGAAAGCUACUGGAGAGGCAUAUGUGGAGUUUACUUCUGUGGAGGAGGCAAAAAGAGCGAUGUGCAAGGACAAGAUGACAAUAGGGGCCCGGUAUGUGGAACUGUUUCCUUCAACACCGGAUGAAGCUCGACGGGCCGAGUCAAGAUCAAGGCAGUGAAGAGGCACUGUAAUGAGGGGUUUCAUGUGCAGUCGUUGUUUGUGUUAUUCCAGCCAACUUUGCAUGCUCCCUCAGAUUUCUAGUAUAAUUUUCCUAUGUGUCGCUGGUAUAUCUCCCAUUAGGUUAAAUAUGAUAUAAUUAUUAGUAUGUUGUCAAUGUACUUUCUUCUCUUAUAAAUGUUUAAUUUUGGUUUUAAGGAUAAAAAUAUUCAGAUAUGCAAUGUAGGCCUUACCUUUCAAUUCAGGCUCAUGAUUUUCUUUUGGGGUAUGGUGUUAAUUUCAGCAUGUUAUUCUAUUUGAUAUUGCCGUUGAAAUAAAGAGAAAGCUUCUCGCCUUCUCCCAUGGUUAUGCUAUCAGCCCGGACUUCGUUACGGAUGGCCCAAAGUAACACACAUUCUAUACGGAGACAUUCGUGUAAGGGGUGAGAGCAAGCGUGAUUGUACCAUGGUUAAAAAGAAAAGAAAGAAUUAAAUGGGUAGGUUUUGGUUUUUUUUUUUUUUUUUUGGUGGCAAAGUAAACAAUGAUUUAGGUUGAUACAUUGUUUAGGUAAAGUUAUGUCCUCAACACUAAGGCGGCUCUCGUUGGUCGGUAAGAAAAUAAACCCUU